AUUGCUACCUACACCUCCAAAUACAACAACCUUAAAAUACUUCCCACGUGCCAUUACUACUCCACUCACAAUUUCAUCACCAGUCUUGGCACGUGCUAAACACCCUAUUUAUAUCUCAUCUCAACGAUAAGCCACCCAAAGGAAUAUCAAACCAUGACUCUUGCAGCUCCCAGUCCAACACAUGCUGAUAUUACACGACCUUGUGUGAAUUUUCCUCCUAGCAUUUGGGGGGAUGUUUUCCUUCAAUAUGAUUCAGAAUCACUGGAAAUCAAUAUGAAGAAACAGAUACAAAUUGAAAAAGAGGAAGUGAGGAAGAUUUUUCUAUCUUCCAAGAAUGACAUUGCACAAAAACUAAACUUCAUCGACUCAUUGCAACGUUUGGGAAUAUCGUAUCAUUUUGAACGUGAAAUGGAUGAAACAUUAGAACAAAUCCACAAUUCUUUCACAAACAAUAAGGAAAUAACUUCAACAGAAGGUGGCCUUCACUUUCUCGCCUUAGCAUUUCGUUUGCUUAGGCAAAAAGGACAUCACAUUUCAUCAGAUAUAUUUAAAAAGUUCAAGAACAAUAAAGGGAACUUCAAUGAAAAGGUUUCCAAAGAUGUUCAAGGAAUGUGGAGCUUGUAUGAAGCGACUCAUUUAAAGAUUCGCGGAGAAGAUAUAUUAGAUGAAGCAUUUGAUUUCGCACACGCUCAACUUAAUUCCAAAACUACUAAUCAAUUGAGUCCUUUUCUUUAUGCACAGAUAAGUCAAUGCUUAAGGACUCCUCUAUACAAGGGAGUUCCUAGGUUGGAGACAAGGUGUUACAUUUCUUCCUACGAAGAAGAUCCUUCCCAUAGUAAAGUUCUUCUAAACUUCGCAAAAUUAGAUUUCAAUAUUCUACAGAAAAUGCACCAAAAAGAACUUGCCGAUAUCACCAAGUGGUGGAAAAAAUCAGACUUUGCGACAAAGGUCCCUUACGCAAGGGAUAGAGUGGUCGAAGCUUACUUUUGGCCUUUAGCCAUGUCCUAUGAACCUAAAUAUAGCUUUUCAAGAAAGAUGGUGGGGAAAUUAGUAACAUGUAUUUCUCUUCUAGAUGAUACUUACGAUGCCUACGGCACAGUUGAAGAGCUCGAAAUCUUCACACAAGCAAUCGAAAGGUGGGAUUUUAGUCUCAUUCAAUCCCUUCCAGAAUGCAUGAAAGUGGUAUUUAAGACAGUUGUGGAACUGUGGGAUGAAAUUGAGAUGAUGUUAAUAGAGAAUGGAAAGUCAAAUUUGGUGCUGCAAUAUAUUAAACAAGCUUUUUAUAAAUUGGCAAGAUCUUACUUGGUUGAAACAAAAUGGUGCAAUGAAGGAUUUAUACCAACAUAUGAUGAAUACAAGGCUAAUGGACUUAUAUCUUCUACAAUCCCACUUUCAAUAAUAUCUUUUAAUGGACUUGGAGAAUUUUCAAACAAAGAGUUGCUUGAUUGGAUUUUCAGUGAUCCGACAAUUGUCAAUGCUGUAUCGGCUAUUGGCAGACUUGCGGAUGACGUAUCCUCACAUAAGUUUGAGCAGCAAAGAGUGCAUGUUGCUUCAGCAGUUGAAUGCUGCAUGAAGCAAUAUAACAUUUCACAAGAAGAGGCCUAUAAACUUAUUAACAAGGACAUUGAAGAUUAUUGGAUGGAUAUAAAUGAAGAGUGCCUCAAGUUAGACAGAAUCCCGAGGACCGUGCUUGAUUGUAUUCUUAACGUGGCACGAGUAACUGAGUUCACUUACGAAAACUACGAGGAUAAAUACACAAAUGCAGAACUGUUGAAAGAUUAUGUUGUUGCACUUCUCGUAGAUCCAAUAAGCAUCGAGCAACACGAGUAGGAGAAGGAAAAUAAAGCAAAAAUAUUAAUUAAGUAGGCGUAGCUAUUUUACAGAAUUAAUACAUCACUGUCUUAACUUAAAUGUUAUUCAUUACAUUAUAGCAUUUAUAACUUAUAAGAACUUCAUGUUACCAUAACUUGAAAUGUAAGUUACCUUCUCAGUUUGGACUAUAUGUCAAAAUAAAGAAUGAAGCUGGUUUGAUUUUCUUA